AUGACUAUUCAAACAAUUCAUUAUCAAGUACCUUCCCUGAGCGCCGAGCUGAUCGGGGAGCUCGACGAUGAUCUUACCUUAUUCCGCGGUAUCCCUUAUGCCACUGUCACAAAGCGAUGGACACAUAGUGAGGUUCUAAAUACCCUCGAAUCUCCUUUCGAUGCUACAACCUUCGGACCAAGAUGCAUCCAAAUUGAGAGCCCAUCAGUAGCCGUAGGUGGAAAUCUUCAUGGCAAUCCAUACGAUCAUGAGUUCGGUUGCUUGAAUCUGAACAUCACUGUUCCUACGAAGACUCUUGAGAGUCCGAGUAAUAAUUUGUUUCCAUUACUUCCUGUAAUGGUUUGGAUUCAUGGAGGUGCUUUCCUUCACGGUUCGAAUUCUCGUCCCCGAGAUCGCCCAGAAAGACUCUGUCGUCUCGCACUUUCGAAUGGCACACCCAUAAUCCUUGUCUCAAUCCAAUACCGUGUCGGAGCCCUAGGUUUUGCAGCUUCUCUCGACCUAGCGACCGAAAGCCACAGAAACCAACACCCAUCUCACCUCCCCAGCUCAGGAAACUACGGCCUCAUUGAUCAACGCAGUGCCUUACUCUGGAUCCAGUCGCACAUCCAAGGUUUCGGCGGAGAUCCCAACAACGUCACCACGUUCGGCAUCAGUGCCGGAAGCGCAAGCAUCCAUUAUCAUAUCCUAAGCGGUGAUCCUCUCUUUGACCGCGCAAUCAUGAUGUCUGGCUCUGCACCCGUCCUCGGUCCCUUGCCAGCAACCAUGUUCGGACAAGCAUGGAAAGAAAUGUGCACCUCUCUCAACAUCUCUCAUUUCGGCCUGGAAGCCAAACUCGAGAAACUCCGAUCCCUAGACGCAAUGGAGAUCUUAAAGCACUACACCAGAGCACCAAUGGGGCCCAUGGCGUGCGGGAUCUACUUGCCUCUGAACUGGGACGUAUUUGCCAAGCAGCCCGAAACGAGAUGCAAGAGCAUCAUACUCGGUGACACGAAGUGCGAUGGUAUUAUCGUGGACUAUAUCUCGACACACGUUCCACAGCCGCGAUUCCUGCACGACCUGAGCGGUGUGUUCCAUUCGCCUGCCGAUAUCGAUACUUUUCUCGUGUACUUCGGCAUCAGGAAGGAGGAGAUGAGUUAUGAGAAGUAUCGAGAAGCGCUAAGGUUUUUCUUUAGCGUGAUGUUGUUCCAGUAUCCUAAUCUGUGCAUCGCGAGAGGUUUUGGGGGGAAGGCGUAUCUGUAUCAUUUUGAUCAGCCGUCGACGCUUGAAGGAGAGACCGAGGGACUGUCAUAUCAUGGAAUGUGCGCUACGUAUAUGUUCCAGAAUGAGAAUGACGGAUUGCCUGAAGAGCAUGUCAAGACGGCGGAGGAGAUGGGGAAGAUUUGGACGGCGUUUGCGAGUGGGAAGUCGAAGCCGUGGGAAGAAUUUGGGAAGAAAGAGAGGUUUAUGAGGUUUGGGCCCGGAGCCAGUGCGGUCACGGAGGUGAAGGGUGAUGGGGAGAGAGAUUAUAUUUAUUUGGAGUGGUUAGAGAGUCAUCGUGAGGAGACGAGGAGUUUGUUUACUUUUGCUUCGGAGAAUGUGGAGUGCAAGCUGUUGAAGCAAGAUUGUUCUUCUGCUUUAUCUAGCGAGUCAGCAAGGAUGUGA